GCAAAAUUUAUUCCGAAUUCCAGCUGAGAUGCCAACGUGCCUUUGCUUCCCGAGUCCUCAGUCCCAGUGAUGACCCGUCCACCACACAUACCAAAAGCCUGAUUGCUCAGAAAUUGCCUUCUCCGUGUUCCCAGAGCCAGAACAUGACCUGACACCCCGAUGACCACUCUCAGGGCCCUUGGGUGACUGGCUGGUACACCAUGGAACUUAAAGUAUGGGUGGAUGGAGUUCAGAGGAUUGUUUGUGGGGUCACCGAAGUCACAACUUGCCAGGAGGUUGUAAUAGCCCUAGCUCAAGCAAUAGGUCGAACUGGAAGGUAUACACUUAUAGAGAAAUGGAGAGAUACUGAAAGACACUUAGCACCUCAUGAAAAUCCCAUCAUAUCCUUAAACAAAUGGGGGCAGUAUGCUAGCGAUGUGCAGCUCAUUUUACGUCGAACAGGGCCAUCUCUCAGCGAGAGACCCACCUCAGACAGUGUGGCUCGAAUUCCUGAAAGAACUUUAUACCGGCAGAGUUUGCCCCCUUUAGCGAAACUGAGGCCCCAGAUUGACAAAUCAAUCAAAAGGAGAGAACCUAAGAGGAAAUCAUUGACAUUUACAGGAGGUGCCAAAGGGUUAAUGGACAUUUUUGGAAAAGGUAAAGAAACUGAAUUUAAGCAAAAGGUGCUGAAUAACUGCAAAACUACAGCAGAUGAGUUAAAGAGGCUAAUCCGUUUGCAGACAGAGAAGCUUCAAUCCAUUGAGAAAGAGCUGGAAUCAAAUGACAUAGAAAUACGAUUUUGGGAACAAAAAUACAGUUCUAACCUUGAAGAGGAAAUUGUCCGCCUGGAGCAAAAGAUCAAAAGAAAUGAUGUAGAAAUUGAGGAGGAAGAAUUUUGGGAAAAUGAAUUACAGAUUGAACAGGAAAAUGAAAAACAGCUGAAGGAUCAACUUCAAGAAAUAAGACAGAAAAUAACAGAAUGUGAGAGCAAAUUAAAGGACUACUUGGCCCAGAUCCAAACCAUGGAAAGCGGUCUUGAAGCAGAAAAGUUGCAACGGGAAGUGCAGGAGGCACAAGUCAAUGAAGAAGAGGUCAAAGGGAAGAUUGGCAAGGUCAAGGGGGAAAUCGACAUUCAAGGCCAGCAGAGCCUGCGGCUGGAAAAUGGCAUCAAAGCUGUGGAAAGGUCUCUGGGACAAGCCACCAAACGCUUGCAGGACAAAGAACAAGAACUGGAGCAGUUGACUAAAGAGCUGCGGCAAGUCAACCUCCAACAGUUUAUCCAGCAGACAGGGACAAAAGUGACCGUUUUGCCAGCGGAGCCCAUUGAAGUAGAGGCCUCACACGCAGACAUAGAAAGGGAGUCUCCAUUCCAGUCUGGGUCCCUGAAGCGGCCCGGCUCAUCUCGGCAGCUCCCCAGUAACCUCCGUGUUCUCCAGAACCCCUUCUCAUCUGGUUUUAACCCCGAAGGCAUAUAUGUAUGACGUAUCUGUCUUCAGGGGAGAGACCCAGAAUGGUUCCAGGGACAGUAAUGUUCCCUCUUUGACUAGUGCCAAUGAUGAACAAAGGAUCUAUUUCACAGGCCACAGUAUCUUUUUCUGUCCUAAAUUGCACACCACCCGGAGCCCUACCCUGUGCACUGAGGCUAAAGAACAAAGAAACUGUGUUUGCGCACAUCGACAGUGUUGACGCUUUUGUCCAGCAGCUGUAAUGCAAAGCCUUCAUUUAUGUCUGUAGCAUGUCGAGAGCACUCAGGAGAGCAGUCUAUCCUGUGUGUGCACACAAAUAAACCCGUGACUUCAGAGUGAAGAGAGAUAUGUGACUGGCUUAGUUUAAUUUAUUCCAUGUAAUCCAUUAAUGUGUGAAUGUUCAUGUGUUCUGUUUUUUAUUAACACUCAUCCUGUGAUGCAAGCACAUCACCUCAUGUGUGGUGACACAUGUUCCAGACUUCGUCCCCACGAUGCUGAUUUGCAACUGCACAGGUGUUGUAGGGUUCUCCCCCCCACCCCCACCCCCACCCACUGCCCGAAGAACCCACUUGCAUUUAUUUUGUGAACCUGUCCUCACCAUGACUGAUUUAGGUGACAUAAUUCAGGUUUUCUAUUUAAUUUAGAGUUUAAUCUUUUCUUUACAGUAUUUCCAGUAUAUGAAUGACCACAUACCAGAACAGAUACAUUUUUGUGAGGUAAACUAUACACUUAAAAUACUGGCAGUGCUUCAGACACUUUUGAACAAAACCAUAAUUCUUGAAUAUCUGUCCACACAGGCCUGGGGAUUUCCUGAUACAUUAUAUGUCUUAUUUCUGCCCUGCCUUAUCAUUUUACUCUCAUGACUCCUCAGAAUUAUCAGAGGAUACAUAAAUUAGAGAUAACCAAGGACCUGGUCCAUCUGCUUCAGGAAGGUGACGCUCAGCAACUCAGCUUAAAAUAACACACUUCCUAAGUGUGACCCGCCAGUAUGCACACCCACGGGUAAACUCUUGUCCAUUCAUCAGCCACUCUGUACAGUAUGGACUAUUACCAUUUCCCCAUUCACUUAGUGAAAGCAGAUUGGAGUUAGGUACUUUCCCAAGAAAAUAAAGUUCAGUUCAACGUAUGUUUUUAUUUUCAAACUUGACUUUCACAGUACAUUAACCUCCAUUUGUGUGUGUGUGUGUGUGUAUUAUUUAUCAAACCAAAAAUGAGUCAGUCUCCCUCCCAUCAGUAGUGGCUUUAAGACUCACUGGAGAGAUGUGGUCAGUUACCUCUUCACCAUUUUUACAUUCCCUCUGAUCAAACUUUGGUACAAUAUGAUUGAGACUUAUACUCUGAAAUUGAAAGUAGCUUAAUUCUGAGGAAAAUACAUUCUCUGUAUUAUUUACAUGCAACAAAGUUAAAAUGGAUUAGUAUAUUAAUGCCAUGGUAACAAUAAAAAGACAUGUUACAUCUUAUGCAUGAGGGCAUUUUUGAAUGUUUUAACACAUUUGACUUAUUUUUGGUUUAAUGAAUGCUGAGAAUGCUGCUAUAUUUAGAUUUCCAAUGAAAAAAUUUAAGAAUGGUUAUGAAAAUACAUAGGAGCUUCUAGAGAACUGAAAGUAAUAAUGCAGAGUUGCCUUUCCUAGUGCAGCUAAAUGGCUGACCUCAGCUAAAGAUAUUGUUUUCUUUGGGUUCUUGGAGUUAACAAGUUGACCUUGCCAUUAUACCAUUUUGUGAAUAACUUGAGAAAUUACCUAGAUAACCACAACAUACACGCUUUUGCUCUCAAUUUAUAAUAGUUAUUUCAUAUGUACAUACUAGAUUUAAAAUGAGGAAAAUUUACGUCAAAAUAAUUUGUAGAUUUUGUGACAAUGACUUAUGUAUGUCCAGUAUAUGCCUUAUUUUUAAAGGAUUCCAUCCUCUACUGAGUCAUUUUCUUACUGUUGUUCAGAGAAAUUGAGAUCUUAUUCACAAAGAAAAACAUUUUUAUAAAUUUAACAUAGUCCUAUUUAAAAAUCAAACUGUUGAACUGAAGGUAUAUUAAACUUUGCACUUGUAAAUUGCAAUGAUGCUUUGGUAUGUCAUAAAAAACACAAAGUCAGUAGCCAACUUAAUAGUGGUCAAGUACUAUCAGCAUUAACCUAGUGACUUCAGAGAGAGCCUGGCAGCGCCCUUCCCGCCAGCAGGAGCCUUGGUUUCCAAGCAGCAGCCCAGUAAACCUCUCUGACAGCUUCGCCCAAGUCCUCAAGCUGCCAGACCAUCUUCAUGGACCUCGUUACAGGUAGGGAGGGUGGGGGAUCUAAGUGUGAAUCUAGUGAAAACAUCGAGCAGCUGGCCUUUUUAGUCAGUCCUAUUCUGAAAGCACAUCUCUAAGAAAUAUUUUCUAAGUCUUUUUUUAAAACAAGAAAAACUCACUUCCCUAGAACAUCUUAAAGAUAGUCUCUUCCUGGUCAUUUUUAUCUUUUAUAAAUACAAAUGAAUUAGACUAAGUGCCACAUCUUUGGAUACAUUUCAGAGCAGGGAGUGGGAAAUGGUAUACAAAAAAUACCAAGUAUAAAAUUUUGCGUCUACAGGGACAAUUCAGGUUCUAAAUAUCAAAUUAGAUCACAAGCUUUUUUAAAAAAAACUAUUACACCAAAAGUUUUAUUGCAGUUUUCUAUAGGUAUUAAACACAUUGGAAAAUCAUUUGACAAGGCAUAGGUGCAUUUGUCCCUUGGAAUGUCUGUCAUCCUCAGAGAAUGGCCCCUUAGGGGCUGCCUUAGUCCUUCUGUUAUUCUUAUGAGAUAAUUUGGGUUUGUAGCAUUUGAGUGUUGUCUUGAUGCACUUGGUUGAUACAAAAGAGUUAUCCACUCAAGGCCAGCAGGCACCUCUGAUCUAAUCACCAAUUCCUGUAGUUCCAAUCAGUGAUAAACUUGAGCUAAAACAAAACUGAAACAGUGAAAAUGGAGAAAUUGUGGUGUGAAAUGGGAAUUUUAACCGUGUAUACAAAGAACAAAUUAGUCCUUGCUUCCAGAGCAUAAGUGAAAUUUGUUCCUGCAUUAAAAGAAAUUUUCUUUGUGAAUAAGAGCAAAAUGGUCUUUACAGAAGAGAGACUUCAUUUAAAGCCAUUUCUGUGAACAUCUUUCCAAGUUAGAGAAUGGAUUGAAGAAAUAAUAUGGAAAAGGCAGAAACUCUUGAUUUCAGGUGUGCAAAGGGCAUCAGCUGAGGGGCAGUUCCCUGCAUUGCCUUUGAACAAUUGGGCCUUAAUUUACAUGUAAAUAACAAUGCUGUGUUCAUAUCCCUCUUCUACCCAGAGUUGUAGUUGAUAAGUCUGUAUUGUGUUAAAGUUCAGCUCAUGGGUAUUACUUUAAUAUUACGUCCAUUUUUUAAGUUGCAUGUUUAUACUGUUUGCUACAGUAUUUUUUUUUUUUUUUAAGUUUGGGUGAAGGCCAUCAGCUGUGUGGAGAAGACAAAACAAUCACUAUUUAUUCUGUAUUGCUGCUUUACAUUCUCAGAACAAGCUUUCAAUGCCAGGACAGUGACUGCUUGAAAGCUGCAGGAGCUCUAUUCCAAUGCAUUUUAUAUAUUUUUAGAAACCAAAUAAAUGCAGAUAACUAUUUAGUAUACUAAUUAUAUUAAACCAGCAGAAAUAUAAAGGCAAUAAAAUAUAUACAUAUAUAUAUGGGGAGGGGAAAGAUUAAAAAUAGGUUUACAGCCAGACAUGGUGAUAGCCCUAAAUGUAUUUCUCAAUGUUUUUCUUUAUUGACCCUAGGAGGAUUUGAGUUGCUGCAGCUUUAAACAGAAAAUUGCCACCA